GCAGGCGCAGCCCUCCUAACGCCGCGCUCCAGGGCCCAGCGCGCCGCACACGCAACCAGCCACCCAGCCACCCACGCAGCCGCCAUGGGCAAGGACAAGCAGUCCCGCGGGCAGCAGAGACAAGGGGGGCUGCCGGCUGCGGACGCCGCAGGGUCCGAGGACAUGGGGCCGAAGAAGGGCAAAGGGGCCCCCAAAGAGUGCGGGGAAGAGGAGGCCCAGAAGUGCUGUGGCUGCCGGUUCCCGCUGCUGCUCGCCCUGCUGCAGCUGGCCCUGGGCAUCGGCGUGACCGUGGUGGGCUUCCUCAUGGCGAGCAUCAGCUCCUCCCUGCUAGUCAGAGACUCUCCAUUUUGGGCUGGGAUCAUUGUCUGCUUAGUGGCCUAUCUUGGCUUAUUUAUGCUUUGUGUCUCAUAUCAAGUUGAUGAACGGACAUGUGUCCAGUUUACUAUGAAACUGUUCUACUUUCUGCUGAGUGCCCUCGCCUUGAUGGUCUGUGUGCUGGCCGUGGCGUUUGCCGCACACCACUAUUCACAGCUCACACAGUUUACCUGCGAAACCAUCCUAGAAUCCUGCCAGUGCAAACUGCCCUCCUCUGAGCCACUCAGCAGGACCUUUGUUUACCGGGAUGUCACUGACUGUACCAGCAUCACUGGCACUUUCAAACUGUUCUUACUCAUCCAGAUGAUUCUUAAUUUGGUCUGUGCCCUUGUGUGCUUGCUGGCCUGCUUUGUAAUGUGGAAACAUAGGUACCAGGUCUUUUAUGUGGGUGUUAGGAUGUGCUCCCUCACAACUUCCAAAGGCCAGCAGCAAAAGGUCUAACAUUCUUGCUCAGAGGUGGGAGAAAAAUACAGCACAAUGACUAGCUGAGGUUAAAAAAAGAAAGAAA